AUGCAAGAAGGACGUCCAGUGGUAUCGGAUGAAUUUCUCUCAUCAAGUAGCCUAAACCUAACAACACCAAUAGUCCCAGUAUCGUAUUUCACAAGCACAUCAUCAUCACCUACCACUUCGAUAUCGAGCAGUAACAAUGAGGAUGUUCUGAAUCAGAUCGAAUCCUCGUUAACAACAACAGAUUACGAUGAGCUGCCCGAUUGGUGUAAUGUGCUGUCGUCGGACUGUGAAUGCCACAUUUUAUAUCAGUUUUACGAUUAUGAAGAGGUGUUAAUGCUCGGCUUGAUCACACUACCGAUCAUCAUAUUCGGUCUGUGCGCUAACCUCACCUCUGUUCGUAUUUUCACGCAUCGUCUCAUGAUAAAUUCAUCGAUAAAUUGGUAUCUUGGAGUGUUGUCGUGCUCGGACACAUUCAUUCUAUUCUCUGCAUUCUUUGUGCUUUCGUUGCCCAGGAUCGGCGAAUAUACGGGUUUUUGGGCGGCCACAAGUUGCAGGUGA